AUGUUAACAAGUGCAACAUCCUCUUCAUCCUUUAACAGAUUCGUAAAGGUAGUCAUUGAUGGAAAGUCAUUUGAGGCUAAGCCAAACGAAAGAAUCCUUGAUUUAUUCAGCCGUCUUCACAUCCAGAUUCCACACAAGUGCCAAGGCAUGCACGAAUGCGGUCUUUGCCGUGUUAUCGCCAAUGGCAAGAAGGAAUUCUCUUGCAACACACGUAUUACAGAAGGAAUGGUCAUCAACACACAAGAUCCAGGCAUCAAGAGGUCCAACAUCAAGAAGGUCCAGAGAAUGGCCAUGAAGGACGAGGAUAUUGCUAAUGCUUACAAGAUGAUCCAAGAUCCAACAAGAAAGCAAACCCAUAUCGAUAUCACAACAGGUUCAAUCCAAUUGAACCACGCUGCUUGCAUUGACUGCUACAAGUGUGUCGAUAUUUGCCCAACAGGUGCUCUUACACAUGGAAAUCACCUUCAAACAUUCGGCCACUUCGGUCUUCGUGACUCUGGCUGCGUUUCUUGCGGUGCAUGCGUUGAUGUUUGUCCAACAAAGGCUAUCUCCGUCACAGACAACGUUCCAAUCUGGAGAGGAGCCAUGAAGAUCAAGGAAUCCACAAAAGUUGCUGUUGUUGACCUCACUCUCUGCCACGUUCUCGAAAAGGAGUUCGGUCUUCCAGCCGGUUCAAUGACAUACGAUAAGCUUGCCGUUCUUCUUAAGAAUAUGGGAUUCCAUUAUCUCCUCGAUGCAGCUCUCAUCAACGAUUACGAAAUCGUCAAAGACUCUGCUCGUAUCUUCAACCACCAUACACAAGGUUUCCUUCAGACAAUCGGCUCAUUCUGCCCAACAAUGACACGUAAGCUUCUCGAAUACCCACCAACACCAGCUGAAAAGGUUGUCGAAUUCCUUACAACACCAGAACUUGAUGUUACAACAUUUGUCAUCACAGAUUCUCUUUCCCGCCGCUCAGAAGCUACAUUCUACAUCAACAACCCAGAUAUCUACCUUUCUGUUGGUGUUACAACAGCUGAAUUCCUCAAGAUAUUGAAAGAAGACAAGCCAUCAUUUGAUGGAACACCAUGUGAGAUCUUCCCACUUGGUUCUGCACAAGGUACAUCCGCUAUCACAUCCGAGCGCUUUGCUGAAGCUGUUGUUUCAACAUUCGGCAAGAACUACCUCACAAUGAGAACACCACCACUCCACUUCUCAAAGCUCGAUGACGGAAUCAAGAUUGCUGAGUUCACAGUUCAGGAUGAAGUUAAAGCUCAAGUUGCUGUUGUUGAAGGCGUUUCUGAUGUCGACAGACUCUACGAGAAGGACUUCAAGAACAUCAUCUACAUCUCACCAAACGAGAGAUUGCAUCCAAACACUGUCGCUGCUCUUCCACAAAUCGAUGCCGAAGCAUCAAAGAGAAGCAUCAAGCUUGCUCAUGAGAACCCAGAUGCUAUGAUGCUCUGGCACAGAUUCCUCAAGGAAAUCGAUGAUGAGAAGUGGCUCAAGAGAAAGAAGUAA